UUCAACUUUCAACUUUCGUUUUUUUUUUUACCACCCAAAAAAAAAAGAAUUUUUGUGAGUAAAUGGAUGGAAGAGGAGGGUGUUGCAUAGCUAGAUAUGCUGGAAAUACGUACGAUAUGUCGAAGAUGGACCGUAUAAUGCUGAGAUAUCGGCCGAUCGCGCCGAAGCCGGCUACAAACAGCUCGUGUUCGGGGAGCUCUACGGCGGAGAACAGUGGAGCUUACGUGAAAACCGGCCGAGCAAAAAGAAGGUACGUAAGAAAUAGUGGUAAGAAGAAGAUUGCUAGUUUUAGUAAUGGUGGGGUGACAAAGAAGUGUAAGUGCGCAAGGAAGAGAAAAUCCCCCUCUCCCGAAGAAAACGAGUCGAUGAAUGGCGGUAGAAGCACCGUCUCCACUGGAUCGGUAUCCGGUGGAGACGGUGUUGGGGUUGGAGUUGUCACUCUACCUUUGUUGCCGGAGACUCCUGAGACGAAACAACGGUCUUCCUCUUCGUCCCAGGAGCGUCCGGCAAGAGGGGCUUCUUCUCGCGGCGUUGAGAAAGCAAAAGUCCCUAUGUGGUUGAAUUUUGAGGGUGGAGGGUCGUCCCAGCGGGAUGGGAAGGCGGGUGGGAUGGUGGGCCAGCCGGUCAGGGUGGUGGGGACGUGGGUGAGGGUGGAAUGCGUAACUGAAACAUGGGCUGGGGUUGGGUUGGAUGAUGUGUACGGUGGAGGACUGGGGUGUACGGACCAGGAGAAGCUGAUGAAUCUAGAUCGGGACACGUGUCCGGGGUUUGUAACGGAGGGCAUGAGUAGGGUAGUUUGGGUUAACAGGGCGUACCGGGCGAUGGUUGUGGGCCAGGAGGAGGCGGAGUCGUCGUCGGAGGAGGUGCUGGUCUGGCUGGUAAUGAAGGAAGGAUUUGAGCUGCCACCAAAGAACUGGCCGGCGUUCACGUGCAGGGUGAGGGUGGUCACGUGCGGAAAGGGGAAUAGUUCCCUGACUCUUCCGUGUGAUGUGUGGAGACUGGGUGGUGGCCAUGGCUUUGCAUGGAGAUUGGAUACUAAGGCUGCUCUUUCACUCGGUCGCUGAAAAUCAGGCCCGAAAAAAAAAAAACUAAUUAAGAUGCAGUAAUAUUUUGAGUUUUUAAUGCAGAAAAAGAGAGACGAGGACAUGCGAGGAUCGAUACGAACAGUUGAAAUUGUUAAUAGUUUUUUGUUCCUUGUUUUGUUUUAGUGAACUAUUUUUGGUUUUUUGUGGAACAACAUCAAAGCUGGUUGUAUCAACUGUUUGGUCCCCGACAAAGAAGUCCAAGAAGAUCUUCUUGGCUUGACUCUCUUGUGUUUAAUGGGAUCUGCUACCACGAACUGAUUUUGAACA